AUGGAGAUUCAACUUCUUUUCUUACUUACCCUAGCCAUCAGUUUCAUCCAUGGUGUUCAUUCAACGGUGUUCACAAUAAAAAACAAUUGCCCAUACACCAUUGCACCGGCAACUUUGACCGGCAGUGGAGCAUCAGUAUCAACAGGAUUUGAACUGCAACCGCAGGCCUCAAACUCUAUCAACAUGCCGGCACCAUGGUCUGGACGAGUAUGGGCCAGGUCCGGCUGUUCAAAUGACGGCGGUAGUUACAGUUGCAGCAGCGGAGACUGUGGUUCUGGUCAAGUAGAAUGCAACGGUGCCGGUGCAAUCCCACCUGCAACCCUAGUUGAGUUCACCUUAUCAGAUGCGAGUUCUACAGAUUUUUACGAUGUUAGCCUUGUUGAUGGCUUUAAUCUACCGGUGUCUGUGGUUCCACAAGGCGGGGGUUGUCCAACCACUGAUUGUCCUGUUGAUAUUAACGCUAAAUGUCCAUCAGAGCUGGCUGUGAAGGAUGGAUCUGGUGGCACAGUCGGGUGCAAGAGUGCAUGUGUGGCGUUCAACAAGCCUGAAUACUGUUGCAGCGGCGAUCACAAUACACCAGAGACAUGUCCGCCAACUAAUUAUUCCCAGUUUUUCAAAAAUCUUUGCCCAAAGGCUUAUAGUUAUGCUUAUGACGAUAAGACAAGCACUUUUACAUGUCAUACAGGGCCUGAUUAUCUCAUUACAUUCUGCCCUUGA